ACAGAGCGUCAGAGCAACAAAUAUUAUUUGUUGCAAAAAAUAAGUGUAUAAAUAUAUAAAUAUCAAUUUAAAUUAUAAUAUUUUUGUUGGGAAAAAAUAUUAUUUGUUCCAACAAAAUGAAGGGAUUUAUGAUCAUUUUGUUUUUCACUUGUGUUGCCAUGGCUCCCGUUCUCAUGGCUCAUAUUGGUGACUUCGAUGAUGUGUGGCGGAGGCGUCACUUAGAAGCUCGGGAGCAUGCCCUCAACACAUAUGAAUCUGAUCCUUUUAAUGUCACGGUUGCAUUCAACCGUGAAGUUCAGAAGGUAUUAGAGAUAAGGGAAGCCAUAGCAAGUAACAGCACAACUCGGAGGCUACUAAGAAGCAAGCAUUAUAAAGGGCCAUGCAACGCUACAAAUCCAAUUGACCGUUGCUGGCGGUGCCAUUCAAAUUGGGAAAGUAACCGGAAAAGGUUGGCGGCGUGCGGGCUAGGGUUCGGGCGGAAAGCCACCGGCGGCAAGAACGGGAGGAUCUACGUGGUGACGGACAGCUCGGACAAUCCGACGGACCCCAAGCCGGGGACCCUCCGUCACGCGGUGAUACAAAAGAAGCCAUUGUGGAUCAUCUUCAAACGCGACAUGAUCAUCAGGCUUCACCAGGAGCUGAUAAUGCAGGGGGACAAGACCAUCGACGGUCGCGGAGCGAGGGUCCACAUCAGCGGCGGCGCCGGCAUCACCCUCCAGUUCGUGAAGAACGUCAUCAUCCACGGCAUUUACAUCCACAACAUCGUGCGAGGCAGCGGCGGCCUGGUGAGAGACGCGGAGGACCACUUUGGGCUCCGCACCAUGAGCGACGGCGACGGCAUCUCCAUCUUCGGUUCAUCUGAUAUUUGGAUCGACCACCUUUCCAUGAGAAACUGCCGGGACGGCCUCAUCGACGCCAUCGAAGGCUCCACCGGUAUCACCAUUUCAAAUAGCCAUUUCACCGACCAUAACGAGGUAAUGCUGUUUGGUGCUGCAGACAGUACCUCAAUAGAUAAGAUGAUGCAAAUCACGGUUGCAUUCAACCACUUCGGAAAAAGAUUGGUGCAGAGGAUGCCGAGGUGCAGAUGGGGAUACAUCCACGUCGUCAAUAACGAUUACACUCACUGGAAUAUGUACGCCAUUGGGGGUAGUAAGAACCCGACCAUUAUCAGCCAGGGAAACCGAUACAUAGCCCCUCCACAUGACACCUUCAAGAAAGAGAUAACUAAGAGGCUUUACGCGACGGAAGGUGAGUGGAGUCAGUGGACAUGGAGAUCACAAGGAGAUGUGUUCAUGAAUGGGGCAUUCUUCGUGGAAUCAGGAGAUCCAAACUUCAUCAACAAGCAUCCUCAGUUGUAUGAUGGCAUAACAGCAUUUAAGGGAGAGGAAGUGACUUGGUUGACCAGGUUUGCAGGAGCACUCCACUGCAAGGCAGGUCGAAAGUGCUGAUCAUUCACUCUCAUUAUCGAUCUAUAUAUUCCCAUUUAAUGGCACCAACAAUAUGUAUAAUUACGCCAGCCUAGCUCUGUUACUAAUAUAUGUACCUAGCUAGCUAGCUAGUCUUCCAGUUUCAUUUCACAAUUAAAUUGUAAUCAUUCCCAUAUAAUAUAUGAAUCCCUUUAUCAACAA